AUGGAGAAUUUAUUAUCUCUGUUCUGUUGUCAUUCUUCUUUGCUGAUUUUAUUUCAGUACAAAUAUCAGGUGUAUGGAAACUAUUCCCAGCUACCCAAACACCCAGGGUUCAAAGUUCUUGCAUCAGCUUCCCAUUACUGGCCGUUGGAAGACGUGGACGGAAUUCAUGAAUUUCGGGAUACAGAUGGAGAUAUUGUAGAAGGAAUGGUGAACAAAGGAAUCUAUGUCACUGAAGAGAAAGGAGUUACCUUUCUCUUCUUUGGAAGCUAUCGAAAUUCCUGCAUUAGUAAUCCAGAAGUUUGUGGACCUGAAGGAGUAACGUUUUCCUUUUUCUGGAAGACUCAAGACCAGCAGGCUAAGUUUCUCCCUGCCUCUGGUGGACAAGUAAUUUCCAGUGGUUUCAAAGUCUGUUCGAAUGAAGGUGAAGGCUCAGUGGAAUUUUACACCCGUGGGAAUGCAAUGAUGAAGUGGAAAGCAAGCUUUAGUCCCCCAGGUCCUUAUUGGACUCAUAUUCUCUUUACUUGGAAAUCAAGAGAAGGACUGAAAGUCUAUGUCAAUGGAACUCUAAACACAACCGAUCCAGAUGGGAAAGUUUUCUAUGAUUAUGGAGACCCUAGAGCAAAUCUUCUGACUGGGGCAGAGGGAGAUCAAACCAAGCGCUAUGUGAACGGGGCAUUUGAUGAAUUCAUUAUAUGGGAAAGGGCACUCACCCCCAACGAAAUUGAGCAGUACUUUACAGCUGCUAUUGGUGUGCAAGUUUUGCUUUCUUCAACACUUCCAUGGUCAGUGAUGACAACCACUACAAAACCUGUGCUCUCUACAAAUGCUUAUCGUCCCAUCAUAACUAACCUGACCGAGGAGAGAGGGAACUUCCGCUCCCCCGACACCAUGCUGGGCUACCUGGAGAACGUGUCCUUCAGCUUGCCCAACGAGUCCUUGUCAGAAAAUACUGCCCUAAUUCUCACAGAGGCAUUUUUAAAAGCUAUCGAAGACUUUCUGUCGUUGCCUACCUGGCUUGAUGUCCCAGAGACCGCUCACAUAUUUGGGAGUUUAAUUCAAACUAUUGACAGUGUGAUGGCUCAUAUGGCUCUCAAUCUGGAUGAAAGCAUGUUACCUUUAACUGUUGAUGGCAUGUCAGCUGUGGCAGAUUACACCUUGGUCAAAAUGCAUCCUCAGACUCUGAAUUUGUCCCACUAUCGAUUUCCAUCUCGAGGACAGAGUUAUAUUUCCAUCCCCAGUGAAGCUUUUCAUGAAAAAGCUUGGAUUACCAUUGUCGGCCUGCUUUACCAUAACAUGCAUUAUUUCUUUCAUAAUAUCAACCCUAUGGAUACCAAGAUUCCUGAAGCUGCUGCCUACAAAGGUUUUAUGAUCUCAGCGGCCAGUUAUCUUAUCUCUGUCAAAGUGGAACCUCUACCCAAAUUGUCCCACAAUCUGUCAGGAUCUCCUCUGAUUACCAUCCAGCUCACCCACAAAUUGACGCCCAGACAAUACAGCCAAGCUCUGAAUAAGAGUAACAGAGUUCAUCUUUACUGUGCAUUUCUGGACUACAGCAAUGGAACUGGUGUUUGGUCUAAUGAAGGUUGUGUGCGUGAGAGUGGGGACCUCAACUACUCAGUGUGUCUUUGUAACCAUCUCACCAACUUCGCCAUUCUGAUGCAAGUGGUGCCUCUGAAGCUAACGAGAGAACACCAGGUGGCCCUCUCCUCCAUCACUUACAUUGGCUGUGCUCUGUCCAUCUUCUGCCUGACGAUCACACUGGUCACAUUUGCUAUAUUGUCGUCCGUCAGCACCAUCCGCAACCAGCGCUAUCACAUCCACGCCAACCUGUCCUUUGCUGUCCUGGUGGCUCAGAUCCUGCUGCUCACCAGCUUCCACUUCAGUCCUGGGACAGUGCCCUGCAAGAUCUUGGCCAUUCUUCUUCAUUUUUUCUUCCUGAGUGCUUUUGCAUGGAUGCUGGUGGAAGGAUUUCACCUUUACAGUAUGGUGAUCAAAGUAUUUGGGUCAGAAGAGAGCAAGCACUUAUAUUAUUACGGAAUUGGAUGGGGCUGCCCAUUGGUGAUUUGUGUCAUUUCUGCAACAUCAUCCCUAGAGAGCUAUGGAGAAAGUGGCAACUGCUGGCUUUCUUUAGAGAAUGGAGCAAUCUGGGCUUUUGUGGCACCGGCGUUGUUUGUCAUUCUGGUCAAUAUUGGUAUUCUCAUUGCCGUCACAAGAGUUAUCUCAAGAAUCAGUGCAGACAACUACAAGGUGCACGGAGAUGCCAAUGCCUUCAAACUAACAGCUAAAGCCGUUGCUGUUCUCUUACCGAUCUUGGGAAGCUCAUGGAUCUUUGGGAUUUUGGCUGUCAAUGCCCAUGCAUUAGUAUUUCAGUAUAUAUUUGCUGUUUUCAAUUCACUACAGGGAUUCUUCAUGUUCCUGUUUCACUGUCUUCUGAAUUCAGAGGUUAGAGCUGCCUUUAAGCACAAAACCAAGGUCUGGUCCCUUACCAGUAGUUCAACUCGCAACAUCAAUGUGAAACCCUUCAAUUCAGACAUUAUGACUGGGAACAGGCCAGGCACAACCCCCACAAAGCUGAACACCUGGGAUAAAAGCACCAACUCAGCCAACCGCAUUGAUUUAUCAGCAGUCUGA